AGUUCUCAAUUGACGAACCUGCCAUAAUAAUAACAACAGUAAACCAAAGUCGAUUGGAGUGUAUUACAUUUUUUUUUUGUACAGCAAUGUAAUAUUAAAGUACGCGACGAUUGUGCGUUUAACAAUUAUGUGCGGCGAUUGAGAACGUGAUCGCCGUUUAAGAAAUUUGGAUCAACCACGUGCAGUAAGAUUAGUACGUAAGCGAGUACGCUUCUGGAGGUUAACAUCAAGUUUAAUUGUUACAUAAAAAGCAAAAGGAAUGGCUGAAAAAGAGAAAGCUGCUCCCUCAUCCAUGACCCAAUGCUAUGAAAAUUACAUUAUUGUUGACGUUGGUGCCAAUCUUACGAAUAAAAAGUACAGUCGGGAUUUAGAUAGCGUGAUACAAAGGGCAAAAGAUGCAGGCGUACAGAAGAUCAUGGUGACAGGUGCGAGUAUUCGUUCCAGCAAAGAAGCACUGAGGCUAACUAGAAUAUAUCCCGGAACUUUGUAUUCGACCGCUGGUGUGCACCCACAUGACGCCAAGUCGUGGGAAGAUCCAGAUACUUUGCAAGAAUUGGAAAGCAUAGCCAGCAAUCCAGAAUGCGUCGCAAUCGGCGAGUGUGGCUUAGACUACAGUCGUGAUUUCUCUGCACCGGAAACGCAACGUGCUGUCUUUCAUAAGCAGAUAGAAUUAGCCUGUACGUUGAAUAAACCAUUGAUUAUACACGAAAGAGGAGCACAGAAGGAUGUAUUAGAGGUUCUCGGUGAAUAUAAGAAUCGCCUGCCGCCUGUCCUCAUUCACUCUUUCAUCGGCACUGCAGAGGAGGCGCAGAUUUACCUGGAUCAAGGAUUUUACUUGGGUAUUACAGGUUACUUAUGCAAAGACAAAUCUGACAGUGGGAUAAGGCAGUUGCUAGAAGGAGGACAAGCGCCGUUAGAUAGAAUCUUAGUCGAGACCGACGCACCGUUCAUGUAUCCUAAUACCAGAGCCAGUAAAUUACCAAUACACGUGAAGGACGCUCUGACCGAGCGAUCUAUGACGUUCCUCCACCGUUACUGUACCUUUCAACGUAACGAACCAUGUGCCUUGCCAGCGAUCGUGGAAAUGGUGGCGGCGUUUAUGCGAACUACUCCAGAAGAAGUUGCGCUGGCCACAGCCUUUAAUGCUCUGAAAUUAUUUGGUUUGAAUCAAUGAUAAUGAUGUCGAAUCUGAAAAUUUCGGAUAAAGUGGUGCUAGUAGGUGCUAUAUGGGAGUUACAUUCUUAAUGCAUAUAACGCUUCAUUUGAGUUCCCCAAUACCUAUUUCUUUUUACAAUGUUCUUUUUUAUUAAAUGGUAGCAAAAUGGCUGCUUAUAGGACACUUAACGAAGUUUACUGGUAGGAAAUUAAG